CUCGUUGAAACAAAGAGUCGUAGACCAACCCACUGCAAGUUCAGUCCUGCCCUCCUCUAUUCCCACAGCACAGUCGCGUGUGGCUGUAGUGCGCUGUGAUCGCAGAGCCUGCGUCCUCUCCUCCUGCCGAGGGAUCAUUUCAAACUCUUACUGGAUAUUUAAACGUUUUUAAGGUUCGCUAUCAUCGCCUCCUAGUGCGCACCCCAAGCAUUGAAAAUUUAGAUUUUUGGAGGAAACUUUGUCAUACCACAGGAAAUCCUAAGUGAUAGCAUCAAAGGAAGGCUUUCCACCCUGCAUAUUUAAGUUCCGAAAGAAGAAACAAUGCUCAGGUGGAGGACUGUAUGACACCUCAUCUGUGGAUCUAACCUAAAGUCAGAAAAGGCAAAGGAAAAAAAAAAAUCUCGGGGAAACACAGAAACGUGCUGCCUGUGUUGCUGUAGCCCCAUCUUUUACCCCAAGGCCUACCUCUGCAACUAUGUCUGUGAUGUUUAGUGAGUACCAGAGCGACACCGUCAUCAAAGACCACUACAAUUACACGGGCAAGCUUUCCAGUGACAAGUACACAGAAGGACUCAAACCCGAGGCCAUUGCGUUCCUGCUGGUCUGUCUGCUCAUUGUUGCAGAAAACGCUGUGGUGCUUCUGGCCAUAUGGAAGAACAAGAAGUUCCACGUUCCUAUGUACUACUUACUGGGCAAUCUGACUCUCUCUGACCUGCUCGCAGGCUUCACCUACAUGGUGAACAUCAUUACGUCUGGUGUCCACACAUUAAACAUGACACCUGUGAUGUAUUUCCUGCGUGAGGGUGGUGUGUUCAUCAUGCUGGCCGCCUCCGUCAUCAGCCUGCUGGCCAUCGCCAUCGAGCGCCAUGUCACCAUGGUGAGGAUGAAGCCGUACCAGGGCAAUAAACAGGGGCGCAUGUUCGCUCUGAUUGGAGCGAGCUGGGUGCUGUCUGUAUUCCUGGGUGUCCUGCCAGUCCUCGGCUGGAACUGCAUGGGUAAACUGGGCCAGUGCUCCACAGUCCUGCCGCUCUACGCCAAGAGUUACAUCCUCUUCUGCAUCACCAUCUUCAGCGCCAUCCUCAUGUCCAUUGUGGUCCUGUACAUCCGCAUCUUCCGCAUCGUCAAGGCCAACACUCAACGCCUCGCUUCGGUUCCGCACCGGAAAGGUCUUUACCGCAAGUCCCAGAAGUACAUGGCCCUGCUGAAGACAGUCACCAUAGUGCUGGGAGUCUUCAUCGCAUGCUGGCUGCCUCUCUUCAUCCUCCUCCUGAUGGACUUCUUCUGUCCAACCGGAAAGUGCAAGGUGCUCCAUAAGGCAGACUACUUCCUGGGCAUCGCUAUGAUCAACUCUCUUCUUAACCCCAUCAUCUACACCCUGACCAGCAAGGACAUGAGGAGGGCCAUCAUCAGGCUGCUCUGCCGACCCUGCCUCAUGACAGAAGACGGGCAGGUGAAGAAAAUCGGGAUGCCCUUCCUGGAUUGUAGCACCACUAAGACGCAGACGGAUGCAGCUUCACACAGGCUGGAGGGCCUGGACACGACAGUCUCCUCCGGUAACUUGACACCCUCGACGAUUAAAGCCAUUUAUCCUAGGAUAUCUAGGACAUGACACGGUGCCUCGCUCUUGAAUUAGCACUGACAGCAAGCACUCGGACUAAGAACUUUGCCUUUAGUGUGUGAUUCGAUUAACCCCUCUGAACUAAGAUGCAUUAUUGACUAUGCAACAGGAGUUGAAGUUUUGUGUUGUGCACUCUGACAUUGUUUCAGUUCUCAUCAAAAGAAUGUGCAACAUGUUUGUGGCGAUGUCCAAACAGGGAGAAAGACCUUUAUGGUUAAGCAUUCAGUGUAAAAAUAUAAACUUUAAUCUUCACAACUCAUAUAAAAGUGUGACUAACAGAAACAUCAGUGCCUUAAAUAGUAGCUUUAAGUUUCAUGUAGGAAAAGAACAACAACAAAAAACAGCAUUAGUUUUUUUUUUUCUUUGACUUAACAAGGCCAGUAUUCUGAUCAAGCACUUAUCAGACAAAUCAAAGAGUGUGUGCAGAUGUUUCACAUAAAUGCAUUUUGAUAGACUGAACCCAAAGCCAAAGCACGAGAUUAAUCCUUAUCUCUCCUCAGCCUGAGUAGCACAUAAUGAUAUGUUGUCAUAAAUGUGGAGCAUCCACACCCAGCAACGCUCCUGCCAAACCCAUGUAAUUUCUGCCAUAUGAGUUUCUGGUCAGCGGCGCUGCUCGCCAGAGGUCCCCCCCUCCUUUUCCUCUGCAAACAUCAUACGCUCAGCGGCCUAGAGAGGACGUCAUACAGAGGGGCUGAGCUGGGUGGUUCGCUGCUUUGGAGGUCCUUUUAACAUAUGUAGCGACACAUGAUGAAUGCCUAAAAGCAAUAAAAGCUGACAGCGGAGGCUUGUAGACGCCUUCUGGGUUUGACAGAGCAGUAUGUGGCAGUGAGAUGUUUUAGCUGUGGACUUUGAAGAAAGCUCGAGCUCGUUGUGUUUGAUGAAAUGGUGUAAACUUAUUUUCUCAGCAUUAACUGAUGCAGCACCAACAGUAGCGACCGAUCACAACCCAUCAGAGUGUGUGCAACCUGGUGAAUUAACUCUGUACUUAUUUUAAUACUGUACAUUAAUGAGAGUAAAAUAUAUAUUUACAGUUUUUUGUAUACUUUGUAAAUACUUCUAACCUACUUGUGUAGUAUUUUUUUGUAUAAUUGUCAUUUAAGUUAUGAUGGUUUUAUAAGUGCACUGAAUAAAAAUAUGUGAACGAUUUUUA